AUUCACAUUGUGGAUAUCAGAGGCCAUUUGCAACUCGAGCCUACUGAAUAUCCUGUACAGGAGCCUGUUUUGACAAAAGAGACUAGCCAACAUUCCAUGGCUACUGCUUCAAGUGCAACAACGGAAAUAUCUGAAGAAACAACAGAAGCCACAAGCAAAAAUACUAGUAUGGUAAGCAAAAGCAGUAGCAAUGUACCAUCAAAGCGAAUGUUGGCCAUUGGUAAAAGCGAAUAUCGUCAGCAAGAAUAUCCUCAUUUUAUGGUCUGUGUAUUUGAGACGAGUGCGGAUGUAGUAUUGGCUGGAUAUAAUGUCAAACUGUUUUCACGAGAAUUUCCUAAAGAUACCAAGCAAGUCAAAAGUCAAAUAAUUCAGUCAAAUAACAGUGUAUGUUUGGUGGUCUUGCUGGAUAGUGGUAAACUGGUGUUUUAUUCACUGCCUACAUUGGAGCCAAUGAUGAAUAUCAGCUUGCCCAACACAUGCUUGUUAAGUCGGUUAUCGGAAGCAACUUUAUGUAGCGAUGGACGAAUUGUAUUUUGGACAGGUCAAUAUGAAUUAGAGCAGUAUUCUUUUGUCCAUAAGCCAGAUUUCCCUUUGGGCCAAUCUGUGAUUUUAUUUGAUUCUACUAUUGCUCCUCCAACUCAUUUAUCUUUAGAACAGCAACAUCAAAAACCCAAAAAAUCAUGGUUAGAUACUGUUGCAGGCGCAUUUCAGAAAGAACCAUUGACAAUAGUUGAGUUGGAUACUAUUAUGGGUCGUGUGCCAAUGGAGAAUCCAGAUACUAUUCGUCAACAAAAAAUUGAGGCUUAUAAGGCAAAGGUGCAACAAGAAGCAACAUCCAGUAAGCCAGGUGGCGUGUUUUCUCAAUUGGGAGAUAAAAUGAAUGAGCGUGGAGAGAAAUUGAAUCAAAUGGAGCAAAAAUUUGAGGAACUCAACAAUGCCUCGGGUGAUUUUCUGAAGGCUGUUAAAGAAUACAACGAAAGGCAGGCACGAAAGAAAUGGUGGGAGUUCUAA